GCUGUACAGAAGGUGUCCUAUAGACCAUGAACUGAGCACUGGUCCCAGACCGUUCAUGAACACAGUGUAAGGUGUGCCAAGACCCAUCACCCAGCGAGCCCCUCCCCUCCCUAGCACUGAAGAUCCUUGGAGAAGAUGGGGAGGAAAAAGAUUCAGAUCCAACGAAUCACUGAUGAGCGGAACCGACAGGUGACAUUCACCAAGCGGAAGUUUGGGUUGAUGAAGAAGGCAUACGAGCUGAGCGUGCUGUGCGACUGCGAGAUUGCACUUAUCAUCUUCAACCACUCCAACAAGCUGUUCCAGUAUGCCAGCACUGACAUGGACAAGGUGCUGCUCAAGUACACGGAGUACAAUGAACCUCACGAGAGCCGCACCAAUGCCGACAUCAUUGAGACCCUGAGGAAGAAGGGCUUCAACGGCUGCGACAGCCCGGAGCCCGACGGGGAGGACUCGCUGGAGCAGAGCCCCCUGCUGGAGGACAAGUAUCGGCGCGCCAGCGAGGAGCUCGACGGGCUCUUCCGGCGCUAUGGGUCAGCUGUCCCGGCCCCUAACUUUGCCAUGCCUGUCACGGUGCCCGUGUCCAAUCAGAGCUCACUUCAGUUCAGCAAUCCCAGUGGCUCCCUGGUCACCCCUUCCCUGGUGACGUCAUCCCUCACGGAUCCUCGGCUCCUGUCCCCCCAGCAGCCAGCGUUGCAGAGGAACAGUGUGUCUCCCGGCCUGCCCCAGCGGCCAGCCAGUGCAGGGGCCAUGCUGGGGGGAGACCUCAGCAGUGCUAACGGUGCCUGCCCCAGCCCUGUUGGGAAUGGCUAUGUCAGUGCACGGGCUUCCCCCGGCCUCCUCCCUGUGGCCAAUGGCAACAGCCUCAACAAAGUCAUCCCUGCCAAGUCUCCGCCCCCACCUACCCACAGCACCCAGCUUGGAGCCCCCAGCCGCAAGCCCGACCUUCGGGUCAUCACUUCCCAGGGAGGAAAGGGGUUAAUGCAUCACUUGACUGAGGACCAUUUAGAUUUGAAUAAUGCCCAGCGCCUUGGGGUCUCCCAGUCUACCCACUCACUCACCACCCCAGUGGUUUCCGUGGCAACACCAAGUUUACUCAGCCAGGGCCUCCCCUUCUCUUCCAUGCCCACCGCCUACAACACAGAUUACCAGUUGACCAGUGCAGAGCUCUCCUCCUUACCAGCCUUCAGUUCACCUGGGGGGCUGUCACUAGGCAAUGUCACUGCCUGGCAACAGCCACAACAGCCCCAGCAGCCACAACAGCCACAGCCUCCACAGCAACAGCCGCAAUCACAGCAGCCACAGCCACAGCAGCCUCAGCAGCCGCAACAGCCACCUCAGCAACAACCUCACCUGGUCCCUGUGUCUCUCAGCAACCUAAUCCCGGGCAGCCCACUGCCCCAUGUGGGUGCUGCCCUCACAGUCACCACCCACCCACACAUCAGCAUCAAGUCGGAACCUGUGUCCCCAAGUCGUGAGCGCAGCCCUGCGCCGCCCCCUCCAGCUGUGUUCCCGGCCGCCCGCCCUGAGCCUGGUGAUGGUCUCAGCAGCCCGGCUGGGGCCUCCUAUGAGACAGGGGACCGGGAUGACGGACGGGGAGACUUCGGGCCCACACUGGGCCUGCUGCGCCCAGCCCCAGAGCCUGAGGCUGAAGGCUCAGCUGUGAAGAGGAUGCGGCUCGAUACCUGGACAUUAAAGUGACGAUUCCCACUCCCCUCCUCUCAGCCUCCCUGAUGAAGAGUUGACAAUCUCACCGCCCACCCCUCCCUGUCCUGGGCUCUUCCCGCUCGACCCCACUUCCUUACUUGUGCUCCAUGUCCUGUUGACGGUUACAUUUGUGUAUAAUUAUUAUUAUUAUU